GGAGUAUCCUUUGAAGAGGUGGCUGUGCGUUUCACCACGGAGGAGUGGGACUUGUUGCGUCCAGCGCAAAGAGCUCUGUACAAGGAAGUCAUGCUGGAGAACUUUCGGAAUGUGUCUUCUCUGGAUCCUCUGAUUGCUAAGCCUGAGCUCAUAGCCCAACUAGAAGAGGAAGCAGAGGUGUUUCUCAGGACCUUCGAUGAAGAGGAGGGACUGGCAGGCAAGAGUGAAAAGACACACUUGAUGCCUUCUCUGCCAUCUCCUGCGCUGGGCAAAAGGAAGAGAGCCACCAUGCAGCCAGCUCAGGAUGGAGUAUCCUUUGAAGAGGUGGCUGUGUAUUUCACCACGGAGGAGCGGGACCUGUUGCGGCCAGCUCAGUGGGCUCUGUACAAGGAAGUCAUGCUGGAGAACUUUCGGAAUGUGUCUUCUCUGGAUCCUCUGAUUGCUAAGCCUGAGCUCAUAGUCCAACUAGAAGAGGAAGAAGAGGGGUUUCUCAGGACCUUCGAUGAAGAGGAGGAACUGGCAGGAGAAGUGGAGUCAGGGAAUGAAAUGAUAGAGCAUUGUGUGAAGGAAAAACAAGAUAUAUAUUCAGAUGGAAAGGACAGCAUUGAAUAUUGUGAUGCCCUGAAAAAGGAGAACCCAUAUAAAUGUCUGGAGUGUGGCAAAGCCUUCAGUGACAGUGGACACCUUAUCUCCCAUCAGAUCUUUCACACAGGGGAGAAACCAUACAAAUGCUUGGAGUGUGGAAAAGGCUUCCUCAAGAGGGCACACCUGACUUCCCACCGAAGAAGUCACAUAGGCGAAAAGCCAUAUAAAUGCCCGGAAUGUGGAAAAGGUUUCAGUACAAGUGGACACCUAACUUCCCAUCAAAGAAUUCACACACAGGAGAAACCAUAUAAAUGCCAGGAGCGUGGAAAAGGCGUUAGUCAGAGUGGAACCCUUAUUUCCCAUCAAAAAAUUCACAAAGGGGAGAAACCACACCAAUGUCUGGUGUGUGGAAAAGUUUUUAGUCACAGCACAAAUCUCACUAGACACCAGAGAAUUCACACACAGGAGAAACCAUAUAAAUGUCCAGAAUGUGGCAAACACUUCAGUGACAGUGGAAGCCUUACUUCACAUCAGAGAAUUCACACAGGAGAGAAACCAUACAAAUGCCUGGUGUGUGGAAGAAGCUUCAGUCAGAGUGGAAACUGUAAUUCCCAUCAAAGAAUUCACACAGGAGAGAAACCAUACAAAUGCCUGGUGUGUGGAAGAAGGUUCAGUCGGAGUGACCUCCUUGCUUCCCAUCAAAAUAGUCACAAAGGGGAGAAACCGUACAAAUGCCUGGAGUGUGGAAAAGCUUUCAGUCACAGCACAAGUCUUACUGGACACCAGAGGAUUCACACAGGGGAGAAACCACACAAAUGCCUGGAGUGUGGAAAAGCCUUCAGACGCAGUGGACACCUUACUUCCCAUCAAAUAACUCACACAGGAGAGAAACCGUACAAAUGCCUGGAGUGUGGAAGAAGCUUCAGUCGGAGUGGAAGACUUGCUUCCCAUCAAGGAACUCACAAAGGGGAGAAACCGUACAAAUGCCUGGAGUGUGGAAAAGCCUUCAGUCACAGCACAAGUCUUACUAUACACCAGAGGAUUCACACAGGGGAGAAACCGUACAAAUGUUUGGAGUGUGGAAAAGCCUUCAGUCGGAGUGACCUCCUUACUUCCCAUCAAAUAACUCACAAAGGGGAGAAACCACAUAAAUGCUUCGAAUGUGGAGCAGCCUUCAAGCACAGUGGCAACCUCACUUCCCAUCAAAGAAUUCACACAGGAGAGAAACCAUACAAAUGCUUCGAGUGUGGAAAAGCCUUCAUUCAAAGUGGAAACCUUACUUCCCAUCAAAGAAUUCAUACAGGGCAGAAACCAUAUAAAUGCUAGGAAUGUGCGAAAGUGUUAGUGCAAACCCUAAUACAAACCAGUACAAACCUUACUUCACCUCGAAGAAUUCACCUAGGUGUAAAACCAUAUAUCGGUAUAUGCCUGGCCUGUGGGAAAGCCUUCAUGUUCAGAGCAGAACUUACUUCCCAUCAAAGAACACUCACGGCAGAAACCAUAUUCAUGUCUGAAGUGCGACAAGCACUUCAAUACCACCGCAGCGGCCCUCUGAGGGUUAACGGGAGAGAGAGUGGCAGUCCUAGAGAGGCCGCGGCGAGAGGGAAGCCACUCUCUGCCCCUCCCGGAAGCAACCUUUGGUCCCCCUGGGACGCCGAUGAGCUGCAAGGGGCUGCAAUGCGGGUGGGCUGGGCUGCGGUGGGGGGCUGCAAUGCCAGGGGGGAGGGUCCCUGGGCCCCUUCGUGCAGAGGAGCCACGAGGCCUCCGCGGAGGGUUGUGGGGGGCGGGAUCCGAACUCGGCGCCCGGGAGGCUCGACGGGGCUGGAGCGCCGUUAUGGAGAGAGGGUUAUUCAAAGAACUGGCACGGGAAACGUGUUUGUAGUGCAAAAAAGGAAUUCCCCACCCCUUUUAUUUCUCACUUUCCCAGGCAAGAGUGAAAGGACACAUUUGAUGCUUUCUCCGCCAUCUUCUGCACUGGGCAAAAGGAAGAGAGCCACCAUGCAGCCAGCUCAGGAUGGAGUAUCCUUUGAAGAGGUGGCCGUGCUUUUCACUAAGGAGGAAUGGGCCCUGCUGCGGCCCGCCCAAAGGGCGCUGUACAAGGAAGUGAUGCUGGAGAACUUUUGGAAUGUGUCUUCUCUGGGUCCUCUGAUUGCUAAGCCUGAGCUAAUAGCCCAACUAGAAGAGGAAGAAGAGGUGUUUCUCAGGACCUUCGAUGAAGAGGAGGAACUGGCAGGAGAACUCAAGUCAGAGAAUGAAGUGAAAGAGCAUUGUGUAAAGGAAAAACAAGAUACAUAUUCAGAUGGAAUAGAUGGCACUGAAUACUACGAUGCCCUGCAAAAGGAGAACCCAUGUAAAUAUCUGGAGUGUGGCAAAGACUUCAGUGAGAGUGGACACCUUAUCACACAUCAAAGAAUUCACAUCAUGGAGAAAUCAUAUAAAUGCCGGGAGUAUGGAGUAGCCUUCAGUUGUAGUAGAAGCCUCACUUCCCGUCAAAUCAUUCACACAGGGGAGAAACCAUACAAAUGCCUGGGGUGCGGAAAAGCCUUCAGUCACAGCUCAAGUCUUAUUUCCCAUCAGCGAAUUCACACAGGGGGGAAACCGUACAAAUGUCUCAAGUGUGGGAAAGCCUUUAAUAAGAGUGGAAGCCUUACUUCCCAUCAAAGAAUACACACAGGGGAGAAACCAUACAAAUGCCUGGUGUGUGGAAAAGACUUCAUUCAGAGUGGAAAUCUUUCUUCCCAUCAAAGAAUUCACGCGGAGGAGAAACCAUAUAAAUGCCUGCAGUGUGGAAAAGGUUUCAGUAGGAGUGGAAGCCUUACUUCCCAUCAAAGAAUUCACACAGGGGAGAAACCAUAUAAAUGUCUGCAGUGUGGAAAAGGCUUCAGUCAGAGUGGAAGCCUUCAUUUUCAUCAAAGAAUUCACACAGGGGAGAAACCAUACAAAUGCCUGGAGUGUGGAAAAGACUUCAUUCAGAGAGGAAAUCUUUCUUCCCAUAAAAGAAUUCACGCGGGGGAGAAACCAUAUAAAUGCCUGGAAUGUGGAAAAGAUUUCAGAAGGAAUGGAAGCCUUACUUCCCAUCAAAGAAUUCACACAGGGGAGAAACCAUAUAAAUGCUUGCAGUGUGGAAAAGGCUUCAGUCAGAGUGGAAACUUCCGUAUGAGUGAACACCUCACUUCCCACCGAAGAAUUCACACAGGGGAGAAACCAUACAAAUGCCAGGAAUGUGGAAAAAGCUUCAGUCAGAAUGGAAGCCUUACUUCCCAUCAAAGAAUUCACACAGGGGAAAAGCCAUAUAAAUGCCUGGUGUGUGGAAAAGACUUCAUUCAGAGUGGAAAUCUUUCUUCCCAUAAAAGAAUUCACGCGGGGGAGAAACCAUAUAAAUGCCUGCAGUGUGGAAAAGCCUUCAGUCGCAACAUGAGUCUUACUUCACAUCAGAGAAUUCAUAUAGGGCAGAAACCGUACAAAUAUCAGGAAUAGCCUUCAGGCACAGUAAAAA